AUGAGCACCGAUUAUGUCGACGUUACUCCCAAGAAGGAUGGCGGAGUGCUUAAGCUCGUGAAAACGCCAGGAAAGAACAAUUUGAAGCCUAUGAAAGGAAAUCAAGUUCAUGUUCAUUAUGUUGGAACUUUGGAAAAUGGAGAUAAGUUCGAUUCCAGUAGGGAUCGCGGCACUGAGUUCGAUUUCACUUUGGGACAAGGCGUUAUUGAAGGAUGGAGCAUUGGUGUAGCUACUAUGACAGAAGGCGAAGUAGCUGAGUUCAAAAUCAGAUCUGAUUACGGUUAUGGAUCAAGUGGUAGUCCACCCAAAAUUCCUGGAGGAGCAACCCUUAUUUUUGAGAUUGAGCUCAUUUCCUGGCAAGGAGAGGAUAUGUCUCCAGAAAAUGACGGAACGAUCGUGAGAAAUAUCAUUGUUGAAGGAGAGAAGCUUGCUAACCCCAAUGAUACAAGCAAUGUUCAUGUACAUGCUGUUGGUGAGCAUGACGGGAAAGUUUUCUAUGACAGGGACUUAACUUUUGCUAUUGGAGAGGCUGCUUUAGUUGAUCUUCCCGAUGGAGUUGAUAAAGCUUUGAAAAGAUUUUGCCGUGGAGAAAAAUCCGUUAUUGACAUCAAGGGAGGAAAAUAUACAUAUGGACGCAACCCUCCUUCUGACUUUAACUUGCCACCUAACGCUCCGCUCAAGUUUACAUUAUUCUUGAAGGAUUUCGAGAAGGUACCAGCAACGUGGGAAAUGACGAGCGCUCAAAAAAUUGAAGCCGCAAAAGAAACUAAGGAACGAGGUACAAAGUUCCUGGGUGAAGGAAAGUUGAAGCUGGCCAUGUCCAAGUACGCAAGAGUGGAGCAUCUGUUGGAAUAUGAGAAAUCCAUGGACGACGAAUCAAAAAAAGAACGAGAUGCUUUGUUGCUUGCUGCUUACCUCAACAUGGCUCUUGUCGCCAGCAAAAGUGACGACAACGUAAAAUGUAUCAAGUACUGCGAUAAGGCAUUGGAACAAUCUCCAGUGAACGUGAAAGCUAUGUUCCGUAAAGCCGGAGCUUACUAUGUUCUCAAUGAUUUCCCUGUAGCUAAAGAACUGUAUAAAAAAGUCCUUGAGCUGGAUCCCAAUAAUAGUGCUGCUCAACAGCAAAUCAUUUUGUGUAAUCAAAAAGUGAAGGAAAUCAAUGAUGCUGACCGAAAGAAGUUCAAGAAAGUCUUCGCAACCAUGAGUCAGAGCCAACCCAGCACUCCAGAAAAUCAAACCCCCUCUACCUCCAAGGCUGAUGAACCAUCUGGAUCAUUUCAUUUGAACUAA